AUGCUCCCCGAAAACGUCACCACCCUCCUCAAACUGACACGGUUUGUCCACUUGGGCACGUGUCACAACAAUGUCCCCCACCUAGCGCUCAUGAAUUAUACGUACUACCGCGACGGCGACUCUGACGUGGUGAUUAUGCUGCUGCCUCGACUGCUGACUAAAAUGGCCAAUAUCGAAGCCAACCCGGAAGUGGCGCUUUUAAUCCACGAUUGGAUCAGUGCUAAAGACAACCAGCCUAACAAUGAUGGCUCUUCCAGCCGCAGAAACUCGUUAUACGAGAUGUUGGCCAAUAUCAAUAAGAAUGAAAUCAGCCGGGUAUCAGUGCAAAUACAAGGUCAAGCGGAGAUCUUGGACCCGAAAGAUGCCCGUUUCUCGUUGUAUAAGCUGUUGCACUUAAAUAACGCCAAGAUUGAUACCAUCCAGGCGAAGAAUUACAUUGAAGAUGAUAACGAAAAUGCUCUUAUCGUGAUCAAGGUGGACGGGUGUAAGGUGACCGAUACCAUGAACAACACCGAAGAAUACUCGACGUGA